GAGGUCAGCGGCGGUGACGUGUCGUCUGUGUUUAUAGUUUAUGGUUUAUAGCAGCGCUGUAGCAGGGAUGGCUGUGGAUAUAACUUUGCUCUUCAAAGCCAGCGUUAAAACUGUAAAAACGCGAAACAAGGCGAUAGGAAUCGGGUUCGACUCCAUCAAAGACGAAAUAUUGAAGAGGAGCAGACCGAAGAAUGGCUUCAAUCCCAAGGCGAAGGAGGUGAUCACGAACAUCACCAAGCUCAAAGACUUUUUACUACAACACAGAAAAGAUUAUGUGAGUGCUGGAAGUCUCCUUUCGUCAGAUCUUUCCCGUAUGACAGACAGCGAGCGAGACCAGAUUGACCAAGAUGCUCAGAUCUUUAUGAGAACCUGCUCUGAAGCUAUCAAGCAGCUACGCAAUGAGGCAGAAAAGCAAGUGUCUUCAGUUCAGAUAAAGGAGCACAGGAGGGCAGUACUGGACCUGAUUGAAACGUAUCUGAAAGGUGUAUGUAAACUGUACUCUGAGCAAAGAGCAAUUAGAGUCAAGAGAAUGGUAGACAAAAAGAGACUGUCGAGAUUUAGUCCAGAACACCAGGGUAGGGUGGAAAAGAACACCCAGGUCGAGCCAACGGACGAAAAGUCGACCAAGGACGAUAGUUCUGAGAAGAGUGUGUCUGAGGUCAUGGACAACACUGUCAGUCUGUGGGAGGAGGGCCGUGUGGAGGAUGAGCUCUCUCCUGAGGAAAUUCAGAUGUUUGAGCAGGAGAACCAGAGACUAGUCAGUGAGAUGAACAGUCUGGUGGAUGAAGUUAGGCAAAUUGAGGGGAAGGUGGUGGAGAUUUCUAGACUCCAGGAGAUUUUUGCUGAGAAGGUCCUUCAGCAGGAAACUGAAAUAGACAAUAUUCACCAGCUGGUUGUUGGUACUACAGAGAAUGUCAAAGAAGGCAAUGAGGAUAUACGAGAGGCUAUUAAAAACAACGCUGGCUUCAGGGUUUGGAUUCUCUUUUUCCUGGUCAUGUGCUCUUUCUCGCUCCUCUUCCUGGACUGGUAUGAUGGCUAACAUGACCACCAGCAUGGAGUCUCUACUUUAUAAAGUGGCAUCUGUCUGGCACAUGUAUGUUAUCUCAUAAAGGAGUGUUUAAUACAGACAGACUGAACGGUUCACCAUGCUGGACCCGUUGCACGAAGUGGGGAAAAAAAUAUCAAAAGUCGUCUUCCUGAAGAGUCUGUGUUCCAGUGCACUUGCCAGUUUGUCAAGCUUCAUCCAGUGCUUUCAGGGCAUCGUUCAUCCUGAAGAAAGUUGUCUUAAUAAGGAGCUCUGAUCACUGUAACUGUAUGUGGAUAGACAGUCAGUCUGUCUCUAAAGUGACUGAUAACAGCUGG